AUUGGGUCGGUGGGAAACUUAAUAAAUGUAGUGAUGGUGUGAGCGCAUGUCGGCGGUGCUCGAGGUAGCGGCGCGCGGCGACGCGGCGCGGCUCGCGAGCCUCCUGCGCGCGCAGCCCACGCAUUGCGAUGUCGUUGACGAGAAUGGUUGUAGCGCGUUACAGCGCGCGGCUGCAGACGGGCACGUUGAGGUCGUGCAACUGUUACUGCAACACGGCGCUGACCCUAACAAACAAGACCUCGUGCACGGCAACACAGCAGUCCACGAAGCGGCCUGGAAGGGCUACUCGCGAUGCGUCGCGCUCCUCGCCGCUCGCUGCGAGCUGCGCAUACGCAACGCGGGCGGAUUCGCGCCGCUACACCUCGCGUGUCAGAACGGGCAUAACCAGUCUACUAGGGAAUUACUACUCGCUGGGGCGCCACCGGAUUUGCAGAAUAAUUACGGCGACACGGCGCUCCACACAGCCGCGCGCUACGGGCAUGCGGGCGCCACGCGCAUUCUUAUCUCAGCGGCCUGCCAGGUCGCAGCACAGAACAAAAAUGGCGACACCGCCCUGCACAUCGCCGCGGCCAUGGCGCGCCGCAAACUCACGCGCAUCCUCCUAGAAGCCGGCUGCGACAAGACACUCAAGAACCACCAGGGAGAAACUGCCAGAGAUAUAGCUACAAGGAAAGGCUUGGACGAAAUCAUCGCCAUCUUAAACACACCUGUAGCUAAACAGAAGAAGAAACGAGAUAAAAGCAAGGAGAGGACUAUAGACGAACCUGACGCUCCGAAGAAAAAAGAUGGAAAGAAAAAGAAGAAUGUCCACUUUGAAACGCCAGCACCUGUCCAAUGGUCCCCGUAUGGAUGCCAUUACUAUCCAGAUCCAAAAUACUUCCCCAAGCCUAAGUUAAGCUCGCUCCCCACCGAACCGCUUAGAAAAGGCGAACAGUACUUCUUAGACUUAGCGGGGAAUAUCAAGAAAGGCCCAAUUGGUGCUGGAUAUACGUGCUACUGCGCACCAUUCUUUAAGCACAUGGAAGAGAAAAUGAAUGAGGAUAAGAAGGAUUUGAAACGGCACAUAGACAAGGCUCAUGAGAGACUCGAUCAAAAAGUUACGGAUUUGGAGAUGAAGACGCAAGGACAGAUAUCGGAGUUGACGAGGUUUGUGGCUGCAGAGAGAGCGAUGUGCAAAGAACGCCAUCAGCAUUUAGAACACUGGUUGACGAGAGGCGUGAUGUUCAGAGCUUCAGAAAGAGUCAGAAGAUUAGACUACAGUCCUAGAGGCUCAUUAGACAUACCUCCAAUGAAAAGGACGAGAAGUCUAGAAAUCUUGGAUCAUUCUGAAGAGUGGAAUAAAGUCAACAAAUUGAUAAAGAGCUUCAAUCAAACUGCUGAGCAUUACGAUACUCAUCCCAAAGAACGACCUGAAAAACAGACGUCGAAAAGUACAGAAAUGCUAGACACCAGGUCACCACCAACUCCUAGAAGAAAGUAUAUUCUUAAGAACUCGAUGAGCAGUGAUCAAUUAGAUGCUGGUCCAAGUCGUAUGUCGAGAUCCCCUCAUACUACGACUUCAGGACCAAGUCCAGACCAGAGCCGCUUACACAAUGUCACUGCUGAAAUACAUGUAAAGGCGAAUAAAAUAUCUGUAUCACAAUCUCCAGUCUCCAUGGAGGUCCAAGGAUAUAACGAGAGGUUCGCCUCACCUAGUCGACAAUCGCAUACUAAGUCACCCAGCAGCAGCAGAGACUUCAAAGUCAGCGAUUCUGAAGAAAGAAAGAGAGACCAGUCUCCAGGAGUACCGGCUUGGAAGAGUCAGGUCUUGCAAAGAACGGCAGACGAUAUUAGAAAGAGAGUCAUGCUUGAAAAGGAGAUGUCCCAAGUUGUUAUGAGAAACAACGCGAAAUCUCUAGACAUAUCGCAAGACGGAUACGUUAAGCUUCGUAAACAGCCGAGCAACUACCAAGUUCGAGAAGAGAACAGCGUGGAAAGAGAACCAAGGAAGUCAGUCCAGGAAUUAGUAGCGCAAGUAGAACAGCAAAGAUGCCAGUCUCCUGAGAGAAACCCCACCGAAGAACCUCUACCUCUACCCUCCGUUUCUCCUAAUCCUGGCAUACUCAAAAUGCCUCAACAGCCUCAAAGACCAGCGCCGGUCUUAAAAGAAAAGCCGCCAAAAUCAAAACGCUUCAGCUUACAUAACCUCAUCCCGUUCCCAACGAGAAAAACCUUCCAAACCCCACCGAAAGACAAUGGAAACAAUUCAGAAAGCAGCGACGAAGAGGACAACCCAAUCAGAACCACUAACACACCUGGUCCAAUGAAAAACACCAACCUGCUCCAAACUCUUCCUCUACCCAACUACGAAACCAUGUCCACCAAAUCUCAAUCUCCCGCCCCGCAAACGCUAAACAAACCAUACCCACCUGACUUACGACCCAUGAUCCCAAAAGACGCCUACUUCCACGAAAUACCGAACCGCCAAAACCACCAACUGCCAUACAGAGAGAUGAUCGAGAACGGCUUACCCACUCCUCAAUACUACGACUACAACCAAACAGGUCUACCUCAAACGCAAGUCCAGCCUAGAAACCGUAACCCACUGUACCACCACCAAACCGGCGUCUUCGACGCUAUGAUGCAAGACCAUAUCAUACGCGAAAUGGAUAGAAUACCUCACUGCUACAGCGAGCAUUUGGACCAGAAUACUGAAGUUGAAAUCGCGAAUCAAAACGAAUUCGGAUACUACGAUAACAGACCGCCAUAUCCAUAUAACCCAAAACCAGUUCCUGAUCAUAAUUUGCUCCACAGCAGGCUUCAAUCUCUAGCUAUCAACACACAUUUGACAGAGACUCAAUCUCAAACAGACAGGGAGUCCCAUAACGAUUCAGGGUACAGUACUAAAGUGUACGGGAGCUCACAGGGGCCGUCUCCAAGUUUGUCUGGACAUGUUGACGGUUCGGACAAUCUUUCCGGGCAGCGGAUCAAUAUUGUGCCCAAUGGGAAGCCUGUUAUGCCGAUUGGGAAACCUGUUAUACCGAUUGGGGCUUCUAGUUUGGUUUAACCUUUCGUACGUAUUCGGUCGUGGUUCGUUAUAACGUCUUUGAAGUGGCGUUGACAAGAGCAAAGGAGUUUGUUUUUUUUGCAUAAAAAUAAUGCCUACCUAUACAACACCUGAUUACUGUUGAUUUGAUUUGAGCUACUCAAGACGACAAGGUGGUAUAGCAUUUUGAUUUUUUUUAAUACUUACAUCACAAAUGAGUAAUAUACUUUGGACACUAAAUUGCCAAUAUUUACAAUGUUUUAAUACAACCACUUGGUCAAAAGACCAAUCUAUAGAGGGUUCUAAGUCAUAUGUUUACUUUGCCUCUUAUAAAAUACUCAUUGUGAGUAUUUUGUACAAUAAUAUAUUUCUAAGUAAAUUGCCUGUAGAAUAAUCGAGUACAAAUACUUUAAUGUCACGUAGGUUUAAAUAAUAUUUAGAUUAAGCACUCAAAAUAAUAAAUUUAACUUUGUAUGUAUGAAUCACAAGCACCCCUAUUUUUGUAACAGAAAAAAAAGAAAAAAAAGAGUACAAUAUUAAAAAAAUGUUUAACCCUUUCCUGCUAGUUGUUUGUGUUGUUACAAACCUAUAACCUGAUUGUUACUCUUACAGGACAAGUUCUGUUUAUAAUACUUUGCUUACAAAUUAAAGAUUUGUUUAUUCUAUUAUGUGUGUGACAUCAGCAUUUUUAUAAGAAAUAAGUGCUUAGAAUUAACCAAAUAUGGCGCAGCACAGCUCCAUGAAUUGUCUAUCUAUGCGGUCACUUGAAAGUUGUGACUACUCACUUUAGGCACUGGUGCCGUAGCCGAAUGGCAGUUCUGCGACGCCAAACGAAAACGAAACGCCGCGAAAGGUAGUCUGGCUCUGUCGUGCCAAUACGCAAGAGCGAUAGAGAUAGAUAUCUACUAGCGUUUCGUUUCGUGAGCAUUUCGUGUACCCUGGUCUCAUCGAUAAGGCUUAUGGUGGGACCAGUGCCUUUACUACUGCGGCGCCGUACAACGCUAUCAAUUUAGAAAGGUCAGCUGUCAAUUUGUAAAAAUCAUUUUUAUAUGUCCCUUCUUGGAUGUUAUAUAAUUUGCAAUAACUCUGGUUUAAACUAAGUACAAAUAUAAUACAUUUUGAUGCCAUGUGUGACAGUUUGUAUGCAGUGUUUUUGUAAAUAGGCUAUGUCUAAUUAAAUACGUAACAUAGGAUAAGCCGUUUGUUUUCAUGUAAAUUGUCAUAUUUAUUUUGUAAUUUUGUACUGAUUGAUUCUAAUAAAAUGCACUUUUGAAGUGUCAC